CCAAACACAGCCACCAAUGUCAGGUGUCGGGGAAAUUUUGAAAGCAAUUGGUGAUUUUGGGCGAUUUCAGAAAUGCUUGGUGUUGCUUUCUGUGAUCCCCUGCCUCAGUGUGGCUUUCCACCAGUUUUGCCAGCUUUUCAUGGUCCCGUUUGUGCCUCACCACUGUGACACCAGCUGGAUCCGCGCCGUCGGCCCCAACCUGACGGAGGAAGAGCAGCUGAACCUCACCCUGCCCCGGGGCACGGACGGGGAGUUUGAGCAGUGCUCCAUGUACUCCCCGGUGGACUGGGACCUCCAUUCCAUUGUGGCCUAUGGGCUGAAUGACACCGAGAAGUGCAUCAAUGGCUGGGUGUACCCCUCAGACCAGCCACCGUCCCUGCUCACCGAGUUUGACCUGGUGUGUGACAGGAAGGACCUGAAUGACAUUGCCCAGGCCAUCUACAUGGCAGGGCUGCUCCUGGGAUCCAUGAUCUUUGGGCCUCUAAGUGACAGGAUUGGCCGCCGCCUGGUCAUUCUGAUCUCUGUCUUCCUCCAGGGCCUGUUUGGCCUGGGAAUUGCCUUUGUGCCCCAUUUCUAUGUGUACAUGGCCUUCAGGUGUGUCGUGGGGGCCUCCGUGUCAGGGAUCACCAUGACAAUACUGGCCUUAGCUACAGAAUGGAUCGGUGUCUCCUCCCGGCCAAAGGCAGUGCUCACUUCUCACUGCUGUUUCGCCAUGGGGCAGAUGAUUUUGGCUGGUUUGAGUUAUGGGAUUCGCAACUGGAGGCUGCUGGAAAUUGCAGGAUCUGUUCCUAUAUUUGCCUUUUUCUUCUUCAUUGGGGUGCUCCCAGAGUCAGCUCGCUGGCUGGUGACCAAAGGCAGAAUCGAGGAAGCCAAGAAGGUUCUGCAGAAGGCGGCAGCCAUCAACAAGCGCAGCCUCCCACCAGAGCUCCUGGAGCAGCUGAAGCCUGAGAAAGAGGUCAAGUCUGGAAGUUUCCUGGAUCUCUUUCGGAAGAAGCACCUGCGGAAGGUGACUUUAAUCAUGUCAUGUGUCUGGUUUGUGAACAGCUUUGUCUACUAUGGUCUGAGUCUGAACGUGACAAAUUUUGGCCUGGACAUCUACCUGACUCAGCUGGCCUUUGGAGCAGUGGAAAUCCCAGCCCGUGUUGGUUGUAUCUUCAUUCUGCAGAGGUUUGGGAGGAGGAAAACGCAGGCCGUUCUCCUGGUGCUGAGUGGCCUGGUGUGUCUGAUCAUCACCGGCAUCCCUGAAGACCAGCCCAUGGCAACCACCGUCCUGGCCACCAUUGGCAAGUUUGCUGCCUCAGCCUCCUUCUCCACCUCCUACGUCUAUGCUGCCGAGCUCUUCCCCACGGUCGUCAGGCAGACGGGCGUGGGGCUGUGCUCCAUGGCUGCACGGGUGGCCGCGAUCCUGGCCCCGCUGGUUCGUCUCCUGGGGCAGCACCACCGGGCCAUCCCCAUGGGCAUCUUCGGGAGCGCCCCCGUGCUGGGGGGGCUGCUCUGUGUCCUGCUACCCGAGACCUGCGGCACCGACCUGGCAGAUGGCACAGGGGACGGCCACCCCCCGGCUGAGGUCUGCGAAAAUGCCACCAGCAGUUCUCAGAAUGGGGAGGUGAAAGGAAAAGGUGGUGGCCAAGACAAUGAGAGCACGAAGACCACGUACCUCUAGAUGGGUCUGCAGGUGGUUGUGGAUAAAGGCAGCCCAGUGCUGUGGGCACUGAGGACAGGCAGGGUCUCUUCACCACAGGAUACCACCAUUGCUUAGGCUAUCACUGCCAAUUCUUGGGUUUCCUUGUCUCUUUUGCCUUCCUGUAUCUCCCUCUGUAGCCUGUCUUCAGGCACUGCAGGCUGUCACUGGUGUUCAAUAGGGCUCUCACCAGAGCAAACUGGGUGCUUUUUCCUUGAGGGAAAAAAGAAAGAAAUCAAGAAUUAGAAUGAGGCACUUCCUCUUCAUUUUUCCUGUUACGUCUCCAGGACGAUGAGACUGUAAACUUUGUCCAGUGAGGCACCCACCUCUUGCAAGAAUGAACUUGCAAGAAAGAACUGGGCUGACUAACAGGAGAGCUGGAGCAGAUGCAGCACUGAAAACAAUCUCACACCUGCAAGGAGUGAUUUAUCAUGACUGUCUAGCAAGAUCAUCCCAUUCUCUCAUUAAAAACACUCCUUUUUCCUUUUCCUUUUCCUUUUCCUUUUCCUUUUCCUUUUCCUUUUCCUUUU